AAGUUACAUAAAUGUGUUUGAGUUAAUGGGUCAUAUCCUUGACUGACCCGAUUACAGAGAAAUAUUAUUAGAACUUGUUUACAAACUUUCUACGGAGAAUAGCACAAAAGAUAGAAGAUGGAAACAUAUCAGAAGCCCUUAUCUACUUGUGUUUUCCAUCACAAAUUCUUCCAUGUUGUUACUCUUCGAAUUCUUGGAGUCUUAAUGAAAAGAAAGAACACUAGAAUUUGGAAUAAUUUUUGAAUUGACGACAGCAAGCGAUCGUGAAUGUAAUUGUUAACCUGAUUUUGCUAUAAGUGUUUGUACUCAAUAAAACGCUACAAUUGUCGUCAAAACAAACGACUUGAAAAUGCAUCCUUCUUCGAGACAGGAAAAUUCAUUAGAUUCCUACUUCAGUGCAUCGGUGAACGGUGAAUCAGAUAGAGAUGACAUUCGGUAUGAAUGGCUGCGCUUGAGAUCAUUUUCGACUUUUCCACUGACUUCCACUUCACACAGUCCGCUUCGGCUUGCUCGCUCUGGAUUUUACUACACUGGAAGAAACCAAGAAUGUGUUUGUUUUUCCUGUGGAGUGCAUAACUCUGAUUGGACAGGGUCCAGUGUUACAGAUAUACAUACACGACUAAGUUCAGAGUGUCGUCAUUUAAACGGACAUGACGUCACGAACAUUCCUAUUGGAUCUAACAACAGCAGUCAAUCCAGUCAUUUGCUUUCCGAGUCUAGUAAAAGAAAGUCAAGCAAUAAAAAUGCAGAGCAAAGAGUAUUGGAAAACGGAAACGGGAGCCAAAACACUACUAACACUCAGUGUCAAGCUCCUAAGCAAAACCAGAGACCAUCUAUUCCGCGGUCCAACCAUGUGAGAGAAAUGUUGGAGCCUCUUGGAAUAAAUUUCGACAGGCCAAAGUAUCCAAGCUACUCCGUUUUGGCAACAAGAAUCAGUAGCUAUCAACAAUGGCCUUCAUAUUUGACUCAAACUCCAAGGGAACUUAGCAUUGCUGGUUUCUUUUAUGUUGGAUAUGGCGACUAUGUUAGAUGUUUUUUCUGCGGAGGUGGGCUGCGAAAUUGGGAGUCAGGUGACGAUGCAUGGGUGGAACACGCCAGAUGGUUUCCAAAAUGUUCUUUUUUGCUCCAGAAUCGCGGAGUAGAUUUCGUCACACUCGUGCAAACCGUCCAAAACGAACAAGCAGAGACAACUUUGACAGAAAAUUCCCCAUCAUCCCUUGAUAUUGAUCAGCAUCUUGCUGCUGUAAAGGUUCAUGAAAUGGGUUACUCAUGGGAGACUAUCAAAGCAACAUAUAUUCAGCUAAAUAAGCCAGUCUCAGAAACAGUUACAGUAGAAGAGCUUAUAGAUGAAAUUCUGGCAGAUAAAGUCACACCACCAAAUCCGUCCGAGGGGAACAGUCAGAACAUUGAGACGAACCCUCAAAGUCCAUCUCUUCCAGCAGAUGAAGAGGAACCAGGUAGAACAUAUACUGCUAAUUCUACUGCAAAUGCCGAUCUGUCGAAUGAGCUGAAAUCACUGAGUUUAAAAGAUGAAACAGAAGUUCUAUUGGAUGAAAAUAGACGUCUCAAAGAGCAAAGACUAUGUAGGAUUUGCAUGGAGGAAGAUAUAACUAUUGCCUUUCUGCCAUGUGGACACUUGUGUUGUUGUGCCCACUGCGCACCUGCGAUGCGCAAAUGUCCAAUCUGCAGAGCAUUUAUCAAGGGGACAGUGAAAACCUACCCAGCUUGAUUUAUUUGUUUAUCGGUUAUGAAUCGGUUUAAUCACCGAACUUAAAUACAUUGACAUACACAGGUAUCGUUAACAUAAUAAUGCUGGGUUUUUUAAACUCAGAUGUACAUAUUUUGAUCAUAAAAUUUAUAUCCGAUUGUUUUAGCAAAACAAAUUUUUGGCAGUAAAAUCUAUUUUCUUUUAUAUUAUUCGUUCUGUUCGGUGUUAUGUUCGGUGAUAAUCAUAAAAAAUAUAUAACAUAUGUGCCUAUAGUUUGUUUGUGGUUCUCCCAAUGGUUUGAUUUAUGUUAAUAAUUUUGGUGAAAGUUUUAUCUGUCAAUUAUAAUAGUUAUAUUAAUAUUUGAAGAAGUUGGUUCGUAUUUUUCAAACAUUAUAAUUUAAUCAUAUAACUGAAUUCAAUUAUUUUUGCUAAUCUGUGUAUUCAUUAUGAAAGUUUCAUAAUUCAAUGGGAAGUAGACACACUUGGUAUAUAUAAAUUGUCGAAAAUGCGUGUGCUGUGCUUAUAACUUUAACUGGUAUUGUUGUCUGCAAUUUUAUAUUUUGUAUUUAUUGCUAAAAAUAGAAGGUAUCCUUCAGAACGAUGAUGUACAUCAAAGCAUUUAUACUGUAGUUUGUUUGAAUAAAAAUUAAACAGAGUUCAUUUACA